UACACAGAAUCAACGUUAGGUAAGCUUCUUAACCUCAGUAAACGCAGCUGUUUUUGCUUACUAUGAAUCUAUAAAAGUUCAUUCUAAGAGGAAGUCUUUCUUUAGCAGCCUAUAUUCUUUCUCUUUCUACAAUUAAAUACACCUUAUUCGAUGGUUUAGCAUAUAAUACGUGCGGAUAUUUUGCGAGUUGCGUGGUAUGCGGGGCUCGGAAAAAUACGAGCAAUGAGCAAAAUGUCCGCUCGUAUUAUAUGCUAAACCAUCGAAUAAGAGUUUUAUUAUUCCACUACAAAAAAAAAUUAUGUGGCAAUUGGCUUCUAUUUUUUGGUAAGAGUAUUCAGAGACAUCCUACAUACAUACAUACAUACAUACUUUAUUUGUCAUGUAGGUCAGUGAAAAAAGAGGCAGCUAAAGAGCUGAUGUGGACCUACAAACUAAAAAGUAUCUACAAAAAAAAAGUAACUAAUAAUAUUAACAAACCAAUGAAUUAUUUACAAUGAGUAAGGAAAAAUAAAACAAUACCUAGCAAGAUAAACAACAGUUGACUGUUGCCUUAAUAUAUAUAAUUUACAAUAUCUUUAUUUAUUCCCUGUAACCCAUUAAAUGUUAUUUUAUCUAAAAUGUCAGAUUUUUCUUUAAGAGCAGAUUUAAAAGAACCAAUAUUGGGUUUGCUCUUUAAGUACAUGGGUAAGUUAUUCCAUAGAAUAGACGCACGAUGAGAGAAGGAAGAUCGAAGGAAGUCACUUUUAGGGCAACGCACGUAUAGUUUCAGACUGUCCCUGAGAUUUCUUAAUGGAGAAUGUUUAAUAAAUAAAGAAUUUAUACCAGCCGGAGCCCUGUUAUAAAAUGCUUGAUAAGAUAUGGUUGCAAUCCUCUUUUUUGUACAUGUAUGAUAAAGACUUCCAUUUUGUCGCUGCCAGGACCUCAGUGCUAAGAGUAGAAUUCUUUAUGUUAAAAAUAAAUCUCGCUGCUCGAUGUGAAUGUCCUCCAGGGUCUGAAGAGAUUUUGAAGAUCCCCAUAAUGCAAUUGAAUACGUAAUACUUGGAAUGAUACCUUUGAAAUAAAUUGACUCUAAGAUGCGACUGUCGAGACCUUUUAAGUGUUUCAGUUUCUUCACUCUUGCUGAAAAACGUUUGCUCAAGGAUUUGAUAUGUGGCGACCAGGAGAGUUUAUUAUCGAUUUGAAUCCCUAAACAUUUAGAUUUAGAAACAAAGGACAACUCCUUUUGCCCUAAACAUAUUUUCUGUAAGGGCCCGAUGAAUUGUGAUUUAGAUAACAACAUCAAUUCGGUUUUUGCAGGAUGAAUAGUCAUGAAGUUAACCAUAGCCCAUUUGUUUAAGUCGGCGAUCGCCUCCUGAAUUUUAGAUAAGACUUCAUCAACAGUAUUUCCAAUACAAAAAACUGUGGUAUCAUCCGCAAACAUUUCAACAGAAGCAUUUGUUGUGGCUUCAGGUAAAUCAUUUGAGUAAAUACUGUAAAAUCUGGGACCGAGUAAAGACCCCUGAGGCACACCAGUAUCUAUUUCCAAAAAUUCUGAAUUAGAACCAUUUACAGUUACAAAUUGUUUACGAUUUUCGGGGUAAUUUAGGAGCCAAUCGUAAAAGGAGCCACUAAUGCCUAUAGAGUGUAAUUUAUCGAUGAGAACUGUAUGGUUGACGCAGUCAAAUGCUUUCUGAAAGUCAAUGAAGACUACGGCAAUAACCUUGCUUUCAUCCAGGGCCAAACGCCAUCGUUCUGUUAGUGAGAGUAAAAGAAGUUCAGGUGAGCCUCCUUUUCUGAAGCCCCAUUGAUUUAAAGAGAUUUGAUUGUUGCCAUAUAAGAAGUUGUCAAGUUGUUGGCUUACAACAUUCUCUAAUAGCUUGCCCGGAAUGCUGAGAAGGGAGAUCGGCCUGUAAUUUCCGCAGUCGAGAGUGCUCCCUUUCUUGUGAAGACAUUUCACCUGUGCCUGCUUCCACUGGCUUGGGAAUUUGCAUUCCAAAAUACUUCUUUGAGCCAGUGGCAUAAAGCAGUCCAAAAAUACAUCUCCAAUAAGGCGCAGUCCCCUGCUUGAAAUAUCAUCAGGACCACUUGCCUUGCCAGGUUUCAAACACUUCAGAGAAGAUUUCAGAAGAUCCUUGUUAAGGGCUAUGUUAGAGAGAGAAAGAACAGGGAUUUCACUGUUAUUUCUUGCAGACUGACAAGGAGAGUUUAUUAAAGAGUCUUGUAUUGAUUUCGAAAGAAAUUUUCCAACAUUGACAAAAAAGAAAUUUAAAGCAUUGGCCUUUGAUGUGUCGUCUGAGUGAAUAACUCCAGAAUUAUCUUUAAUUGGACCGAUGUUUGUAGUUGUUAGCUUUCCCUCAAAAGAUCUUACGGUCCUCCAAAAAUCUUUUGCAGAGGUCGUCUCGUCAAAUUUUGAUAGCCAGUAAUUUGACUCUGCUGAUCUAAGGAGAUUAGUGCAGUGAUUUCUUGCCUUCUUAUAAUCUGUCCAGGCUUGUGAGCCCUUCGGUGUUUGUUGUGCUUUAAGAAGCAGUUUAUAGCGUUUAUUUAGCUCUUUACGUAUGGAUGAGUUCAUCCAAGGAAGGCUUCCUCUUCUUAUCUUUACUCGUCGAGCGUGAACAUGAGAUUUCAUGAUAUCCUUGUAUAAACACUCCCAAGCCCAAGUAGCAUCGUCCAGAUCGUCAAAGACAUUGCAGAUACUCCAUGUCUGUGAGAAUGACGUUAACAAUUAGCAAAAUGUUCCCGCGUAUUAUAUGCCAAACCAUUGAAUGAGAGGUUAAUUAUUUUACUGCAAAAGAAAAAUGGUAUUUUGGCUUCUAUUUUCUAAUGAGAGUAUCCAAAACAUCCUGAUUCUGUCAGCCACAGUUGCUCCUUUUGCAUCCGCUGGUAUUCGCCCUGUUGUAAACCGGUUAAACCAGGACACUGCGGUGUAUUACGGCCUCAUAUUUUGCUUGUUCUCUUGACCUUAUAUGGUAAAAUGACAUAAUAGUGGAAUAAUAAUGUGAAUUAUUGGACCCACUUGGUGUUAAAAACCAGUUAAUGCAGACCUUUAUCAGGACGUAACAAAUCGAAAACGUAAUCGAUUAAUCGAUAGUACUCGAUAAAUACUCGAUAUUUGUCGAUUGAUAGGUUUGGUUAUAAUAAUGGAUAAAAAUCGAUAAUCACAAAUUUGGCUAGAGUCCCCCAUUUUUUUUAACAUUCCAAACUGAACUAGUGAGCGGUACAUCUGUUGACCUCUUGAGUGGUAGAACUAAAGAUUUGUUUUGUUUAUUUUUUGUUUAUUGUUUUGUUUGCCAUAAAUUGUACAAAUCAAAUAAAAUCUAAUUAUUUAAACUCUCAUGGCGAGGAAGCCCAAGAGAAGCCACUGGGCUUAUAAGGAAUGGGCUCCCUCAGUUAGAUAAUUAGAACAAAAUAUUAUCAUAAUUACACAUGGGAAAGUCAAUGGCAGAGCUACAGUAAAUCUUAAAAUAAAUAUAUUAGAUAGUCGUACUAAUCAUAGUUCUAGGCUAAAAAAAGUGAAAUGACAAAUAGAAAAAAAAAGAAAGCAAAAGGAAGCGGUACUUGUUGCAUUUUGAAUUUCAAAACUAAGAGAGUUAAAAAAUUUAGGACCUUGGAAACUGAUAAGGAACUUUCUUAUAUUAGUCCUGCAUUCUUAAAAGGAGCAUGACAUCGUGAUGGAAAAUGACACGAGUCACGUUACAUUAUUGCUCUUGUGGUUGUGUUUCCUAUCGAUUUGAGCAGAUGCAGUACCCCUGAGUACCCUGUAGUGACAUAAAAAUUUGUAGGGUCGAUAUCAAGAAAGCGAAUAAAGUGUUAUGGAUAUGUUUAUUGAGUUUAAUAUCAGUUACGAGCUGCUGUUUAUCAGUUCUAGCAAGUGAUGGUGGACUAAACGCAACAGAAAAACGAAUCAACGAACUCAGCUUCGCCCAUUUUUAUCUUUUCGAUAUUUAGCAAUUUCAAAACCGUUAAAAUGAUCAUUUAAUUGCAGAAAUCGAUAAAAUCGAUGAUCACAAAAACUUGACUGAUCGAUUUCCAUCAACUUUCGAUAUUAAUCGAUAAAUUAUAAUUGAUUUUGAUUCAUUGCUAUCUAUUUUAAUCGAGUAUCGAAAAUAUUGAUUUGUUAUGUCCUGAUAAUGUGUAAGUCAAAAUUUAUUAAAAUUCGAAUUAUGGUUAAUCCCAGACAAAAAUGUACCAUGUGUUGACCAAAUAUCCCUACCCCGAAUAAGUUGAAAAGGGACCACAAUACCUAUCAAUGUAAAGGCAGUGUGAGGGGGGGGGAGGCAGGGCAUGGUGUGGGGAUUUGACAUUUUUCAAAAAUUUGUCGUGAAAUUCCUUGCCCACGAGCAAAUCAUUCCAGUCAAAUGCACAAAAAUUUCCUAGCGCUGAUAAGUUUUAUCAGGUCGCUAUGGUCGGGGAAAAAUGAAAAUUUUUCAAGGUCAGGGAAAAGUCAGGGAAUUUUUUAAAAAGUCAGGGAACUCUGUUUUCUGGCGCAAUGCAUCAAGGUUGGCAAUGGGCCUUUAAAGACAAAAUUAAACCUCUCUGAACGUUUUCAACCUGAUAGAGUUUUCUGUUUUGAAAAUAGAGCUUCUGUUUACUUUGAUACAGCAACUUAUUAAACGUUUAGUUGAUCCUAGAGCAUGUCAAACAAAAAAAGAUUCAAAUAUCCCCUUCCCUGGGAGAACAAGAUCAUUUUAAUGCCUCACCCCAAGGCCAACACAGACAAUCAUAUCCCCAACCCACCCCAUGCGCUGCCUUACUUUUUGCCAUUUAUUUCAGUUAAACUGCGUUGUUGACUGAGACAGUUGGCAUGACUUGGAGUGACAGACUACUGAUGGAAUUAAUUUCAUUUUAACAAACAAAGGUAUUCUCUAACAAUAUUAUUAUACCAAUCUAAAAUGGUAUUUCUCUACAGUCUGAGUUCUCUUAUAUGUGAUGUGUUAUUCAAGUAGAAUGAAAGACUUUGCUUUUGUUAGUCUUCAAAAAUAUCCUGGCAAUUUGCUGGCAGGAAAGUUAUUAGAGAUUUUGUACCUCAGCUAAUUUGCUGACAUUAAAAAUGAAGUUGAGAUGUUCCUUGAAGGGGAAGAGCAAAAUAUUGGAAAUUGUUUAAAAUAAACUUAGUGAGCAGCAUGGAAAAGUGCAUGUUGCCUAAACAAAACAUUUAGGAGAAUAAACUAGUUUUACUGUACUACAUGUUCACAAAAUGCUUAUUCACAAAGUUGAAUUUAAAAAAAUAAUUCUGCUGUCAGCAAAUUCUAGUACUCCUGCUAUGUAAUUGCAGACAAAAAAUGAACAAAUUCUCAGUGACGGAGAUAUGUCAAAUAUAAGGAAAAAUAAUGUCAGUGUUAUUGAAGAAAUAAUUUUUACUUUAGAUUUUGUAAACUUGGCAACAACCUCUAUGGAAACAGUGCAUGAUGACUAAGUAAAUGAUUUUUACUGAGUGUGGCAUAGAGAGAAACAGUUCGUCAAUAUGCAAGAUUGCUUGCUACAUUGCAUUUUUCUUUGAAUUUUAUUUUGGCUGUACAAAUUAUAGAAACUGUAAUUGAGCAUAAAUUGGCAAAGGAUACUUGAAGAGAGUGGUAUUAAAUUUGCACCCAUCAUACAGUCGACUCCUGAUAACUUGAACCUUCAAGGGAAAUCAAAAACAGUUUGAGUUAUCGGGAGCUCGAUGCAAAUAACCAGAAGUAAGGUAAUGGGAUGGGGAAGAAAUGCAAAUAUCUUGUAACUUAUUCUCACUUACCGUCAGUUGCAAACUUUAUCGAAGUUUGGAGUAGGCAGCUGUUGUCAAAUUGAUUUGUUUUUGCCCAACAAAAUAUUCUUUGCAAAAGUUCUUAGGCAUAAAGAAUAAUUUCUGGAGGAAAGUAUGCUGUUUCUGAGUAAUAAAUAUGCCUGAAAGUUGAGAAAAAUGAAAUAUAAAUAGAAUGAGCUGGUCAAAAACAUAUAAACUACUUACCUUUGGUGCGACAGUUUGCUUUAACAGCUGUCAAACUUCAAAUGUUUGGCAGAAAAACACAUCAUGUCUGGCACCCUUCUGUUAGAACAUGUUUUUUUGUCUCGUGUCCACGCUUAGAUGCAACCCAUAGUAAUGUUGUGAUUUUCACAAAAGGAUGGAUGCCUGAUACAUUUAGUUUACUCGUCGUCUGCCCAUAGUCCAGCAUCUGGACUUUUGUCUUAUUGGUCAAAAAACAAAAGAUCCUUCGGAGCCCUGCACCGACUGGUCAAGCAACAUAUCUGACUUCCGGAGCUAUUAGAUAGGUUUUGUCACUUUCGUCUCUUCAUGACAGAAACCACAAGAUGAUCGAGGAAUUCUUUUAACGGCAAUCUCAGGUUUUAAAGCUAGGUCUUAAAAGAAAAAAACCGUACUUCUUUUAAUGAAUCAAGUAAAGAAUGAACAGAGAAAGACUUGACAGCUGAGAUGAGGACGCGUUGUUACUUGUCACCAGUAUGGAUGUCAGCUAUUUCUUCUUUGACGCUUUCUUGCUAGUACCAGGUAGAAUUGUUUUCUUUGAUUUCCGAUCAAGUUCAACUGCAUGAAAGUGUGUAAAAAAAUAAUAUUAUGACAAUUUUAAACUUGCCUUUUUGCAAACAGAUGAAAGACCAUGAAAGAUUUGUUGCCACAGAAUCAAUUCCUUUACUUUUGACCACUUCCAGUAAAUACAGAAUUCUAUUGCUCCACUACUGUUUUCAUUGAAUUAUUAAUUUGUUUGAUGUGACGGUUUGAACGAAGGUAUCACACGGCAACGAUAAGGCAGAUUCGCAAUAACAACAUCACUAACUUGGUCUUUAAAAUCUGCGAUGUUUUUGUUGACGACUACUGUAUGAACUUAACUGCAUUCACCGCUUGACUGGAAAGUAGAUAAGUACAUUUCAAUAAUAGCUGCGUUUAUCGCAAACCACUUGAAUUUCCAGUAAAAUCUGACAGGAUAACACAAUUGUUGACAGACACCUUAAUUAGGGGGUGGCAGACGACUCGUAAAGUAAAUGUAUCAGGAGUUCUUUUUUUCCCCUUUCCCUGAAAAAAAAAACAUAAAAAACAAAAAAAGCCCUACCACAGGUUUUUAGGGCCACCUUUAAAUUUAUGUUAUCUAAUUAAUAAUUACAAUACUGACAUCUGCAAUUUAACUCUAAGUACGCACAAUUUUUUUGGAACAUAGAAAAUAAUCAUUAAUUAGGAUAAAAAUAGAAAAGGCUGCACGUGUAAGUGCAAAAACGGUAAAGAAAAGGCGUGAAAAAAUAAUGGCAGAAUAAAGGAGAAAAAAAAGUGAAAGAAGCGAAAAACUACACACUAGCAUUAGGAGAGCUUAAGUGUGUUUAUACCAAGAAAAAAUGACUUAAGUUUAGAACUAAACAAAGCAGCAUCAUUCUGAAUUUCAGAGCUAAGGGAAGUACAUAUUUUGGGCCCUUGAAAACGAAGUGAAAAUUUCCUUACAUUUGUCCUGCGGUAGGGCAAACGGAGGGAAUUCUUACUUCUAGUGUUAUGUGAAUGUACAUCACAGUUAAGCAAAAACAUGUCAUUGAAACUGGAAGAAGGUACAUGUAACUUUACCUAUAUGGAGUUUGAUAAUAUCUUUAACUUUUAGAAUUCGUAAGCUGGCACGUGAAUCAAAAGAACUUCUGGAAACUAUUCUAAUAACCCGUUUCUGAUGUAAAUAAGGAUAAACUAAACUAUAAUAGAGAAUACAUUAAGAGGUCUUAUUAAGGCAGAAACUUGAUUUUUAAAUAAUGCCUACUGAUUUUGAGACUUUUCUUGCUACGUUCUGUAUUUGAGAUUUCCAAAAUAAGUGUUCAUCAAGUAUAACUCCCAAGAACAGAACUUCAUUUACACAAUCUAUUUCAAUAUCAUGAAUUGAAAAAUGUAAGUCAAGUGUUUGCCUGUUUUGUUUUGUUUUAAAUAAAAUAAAAUUUGAUUUUUUUAUGUUAAUAGAAAGCUUAUUAGCCUGAAACCAGCUUGAUAGUUUCUUCAAUUCAUAUUCACAAUUUCCAUCAGUUGAUUUGGGUCGUUAUGAGAAAAAAAUAGUGUUGGUAUCAUCAGCAAAAAGUAUGAAAUCCAAGGCCUUUGACACAUUACACAAGUCAUUAAUGUAUUACAAAAACAAUAAUGAACCUAAAAUCGAUCCUUAGACAAGGUAGGAAUCUAAGGCCAUUUUCACGAUGACAACAUUUCACUACAACUUCCAAAAUUCCUUUUAUUUUUGCUUUCUUAUUUAAUUUUCUCUAUCCCACUGAGGUUUAAUAAACAAUAGUCCUAAUUUGCACAAGAAAACAACAAACCAAGGGAUGCUGAUAGGUGUAGCGAAAUGACGUCAUCAUGCAACUGACCUAUUCAUACUCAUACUCAUUUUUCUUGGACAAUUCUGUCCAAAGGGGGAAAGGUGCAAUGAGGUUAACCCUGUGUGAAGUACCAACCCGUGAAACAAGGCCAGACCACUAGACUGGGAACUCCGUGCCAUACUCUUUACGACAAGUGUGUGGGUUCUUUAACUUUUUAGUUGCAGACUAUAUAACAUUGAAGAUGCAGGAGACGUGGUCUGGGGCUUGAACCUGAGACCUCCCACAAGGCAGUCUGGUGCUCUACCAACUGAGCUAACCAGUUGGCGGUGUUUCCUCUUGAAUUUCACUUAGAGGGAAGUCAGUCUAUAUAGGUUCUUUUUGAGAGGAAUGACCCUAAGUGGAUGCCGUUCCUAAGCAAACACACUUUCUGGUCCUAAGGGUGUAUAGUUACAGGAGGUUUAACAGAACAUAUCUGUGAGAGGAAGAGAGUUUUGUUGAUAAUUAUCUUAUCUUUCUAACAUUGUGCAAUGUUAAUUUAAUUUGUGAUGUUACUUUUUGACAUUUCAGGGAAAUUGUUAAUCUAGACACACGGUGGCACAGCACCAAGAGCUUAAUAGGAGAAGGAGAUACUGCUCAUAAGAAUAUGGCAGAUGUUCCACCUUCACUCACCCUAGAACUUCCCAAGAAAAGUGAUCUUCCUAACACAUUCAGACCUUGGAAUGAAGUCCAUCUUCCAAUCGACAUUCUUUUGUUGACAGUGGAGGACUGUGAGUUCUUAGCCUCUUAUGCGUACUUGAGAAAUUCCUUUAAAAGUUACCACAAGAACCUUGGAUAUGUGUACUUUGGGAACAUGGGUGAAAGUGGAGAUGUGCCCCUAAAAGUUGCUUUGAUGACAUGUUCUGAAGGCUCCUCUGCUCCUGAUGGCUCGCUGGUCACUGUUAAGAAUGCUGUGUUGGAACUGAGACCCAAAGCUGUUUUCUAUGUUGGCUGCUGCGGUGGGUUGAACCCAGAAGUCACCAAGUUACAGCUAGGUGAUGUGGUGGUAUCCUCUAAGCUUACAACUGAAUCAUUCAAAACCCCAGUGAGUAGAGAUAUUUUGCGCCUCGUCAGGCCUGUAGAUCAUGGUUGGAUUCCUCCAUUAAGAAAUCCAGAAGAUCAUAAAGUUCAGGUCUGCUGUAAUGGGGAGAUUUUAAGUGGCAUAAACCCAGUCAGUGCUAAACAGAAAAACGUGUCUCAUUUUACUGAAGCUACUGCAUUUGCAUUUGGUGGUGAAGGUAAGAUAUUUUUUCCCUGUUAAAUGACAUCAUUCUUCUCUUGUUACAUUUUUUUAUGAGAGGAGUGAUGGCCUGUUGUGUACAUCUCAAACUUUAGAUCUGGAGGGUCCAGGUUAAGUAAGGCCUUGCUGCACUUUGUGCUGUUUCCUUGGACAAGAAACUUUGAUUCACUGUCCCUCUCCAUCCAGGUGCAGUGUAAAUGGAUGCUGGUUAUGAUCCUUUGUGAUCCUGUUUUCAAUCUGAUCUUUUAAGAGCUAUUCUAUGUUUGAACAAUGAUGUUUAUGUUUGUGUAACUUGUUGUAUUUUCUAUACUAAAUUAUGCAUAAAAAAUUGAUUGGAGGACAGUGGUUUAAGUAGUGUUUUCCUUUGGAUAAAAUACAAAAGGAUAGUUAAAUUCUGUUAACAUCCUAAUGCGUGAGCUGGUUUUUUAUUUGUUUGUCUUGUUUUUUGUUAUUUAAAUAUGUUGAUUUAUAUGUGCCUUUUAAAAUCACUCUUUCCAUUUUCUGCCUACCUAUUUGCACAGUAAAUAAUGUUGUUUAUGUUGUCACAUCUUUAUUAUUCAACCCUGGCUGUGACGCUCACUUGUGGACCUUUUUGCAUCUUGAAUUAUGAAUUAUUUGUUGUUUUUUUCCAGGUCUUUUUGCUGCAGCACAUGAUCUUAAGAUUGAAUGGGUGAUUGUAAAAGGUAUUUCUCACUUUGCCGAUGGUAACAACCCUGCAGAAAAUUCUUGGGAGAGUCAUGCAUGCAUAAUGGCAGCUUCUCUUGUGUCCAACAUGUUGAAGGAUCCAUUUGUGUUUGAACAAUGGCCUCAUUAUGAAGGUAGGUGUCAUGCUCCUUUAUGAAACCAUGUGAUAAUUAAAUCCUUACCUGUGUACAGAAAGUCAGUGUUUUUGGUUAAGUACUGAGGUUGAUUAAAAAUACUCACUUUCAAACCUUGUUAAUUAAUCUCUUAUAAUAGAAAAAGGAAGGAGUUCAACAUUUUUUUGGUCAACUCACAACUGUUGGAAACUGUAAAAUAGGUAAAAGAAAAUUAUGAGAAAAAGGUUACAAAGAAAUUGGUCAGGUGGACACAAGGGAGAUGUUUUCUGAUAAAAUUGACCAGCUGCUUAUCAUACUACAGGGACCGCAGAGCAAGGUGAAAAAUGGGAGGGCUGACAAUUGAAAAUAAUUUUUCAAUAAACGACCAACAUACACGGUCAGUUCAGAUUCAAUGCAAGAAAAGACGCGAUUACAAUUUUAGUAUAGAAAAUACUACACUAAAGUGAUCUGAAAAAUUUCUAACUAUGGCCGUUCGGGCGUUCACUGUUCAAGUAAUGUAAUUCUUCUUGCCAUCGAAUAUUUCAUUGAUUCGAAAGGAGAAAGACAAAAUAUAAAACUUUUAUCAACUCAAAACAACUACUCAGCUUUGUUUGGCUUGAAAAAGCUAGUAAUUUUCUUCAUUUCGUCUGGUAAAACUGAUAAAAAAAACUCUGCCGGAGCUGGAAGUACAAAACACGCUGCCGAACGAAACGAAGGGGUGGCCAAGGCAUGGCGUUCAGAUCAAGGGGCAAGUCGGCCCCAGGGCACAAUUACCGCAAAAAGCACAGGAGCCCCACAAAAUGCCUGGCGUUUGAAAUUAAAGAAAAUACAGAGAAUAUAGAGGAAUAUAGACGGAAAAAAACUUGUUUCAAGUAUUUUUUUUAUUUUAAUUAUUUUUCCUUUUAGCGCAAAAAGUGGGGGCGGCGGCGCAAAAAAGUGGUGGGGCCGCGGCCCUACCAGCCCCUCCCCCUCCGCGGUCCCUGUACUAUUAUUUUUAGGCAGUAAGAUUUGUGGGUUGGUACUCUGCAAGUGCACACUGAGAGACCUAAAGUCUAAAAUGACCUUUGUUUAAUUAGAGCAUAAGUGGUAUCUGUUAGGAGCCUGUAAGGUUGAGUGGGAAUUAUUUUGUUACUCAAGUGAUUUUUGGUGCCUCUUACGCAUUAAAAUGAAUUUCUUCCUUGCCACAAAGUUAGAUUCUGUUACUUUCUAGGGAUACUUUUGGAUUUUUUUUACAAAACCCUUUUUUUUGUUUUGUUUUGUUUUUUGUUAAUUUUAAUUUUUUAGAGGGGGGUAUCUCCUUUUGGUACCUUCCAGGGGUUAAAGUGAAUUUCCAACAUGCCCGCAAAGCAAGAUUCUGUACCCUCUAGGGACGCUUUUUGUUUUUAUUAUUAUUUUUUUUUUUUUGACAAGCACCCCUAUUAUCUUUAAUUUUUUAUUUUUUGUAAAGCAGUUCUGCUAUUUUUAAAGGGAACUAUCUCCUCCUCCUUUUGGUACCUCUUAUAGAGCUUAAGAGGGGAGACUGGUUAAAAUUUGGGGGAAAUAAUGUUAAUUUGGGAAGGAAAUAUAUGAGGCUAGAAUAGGUAUACACAUAAACCAGUUAGUCUGCUAAUGGGAUCAGAGGCAUCUUGUUGUGGUGGUGGACUAUCUGGUAAUCGUCUACCAAUAUUAUUUACUUCAUAUUUUAAUUUUUAACAACCACCAAUAUUCCAAUAUUUUCCCAUUUUUUCAAAAUUUUAAACAUCUCCCCCCCCCCCCUAAUUUUUAUACAUUAAAAACAUUCGAAAAAUCAUCCGAAAAUUCUUACAUAAUUAAUGACUGCAUCUUAAUUGAGUCAUUUUUGAAUUGAAGGAAAUCUUGGUUAGAUAUUUAAGAAAAUGAGUGUAAAUCAAUGAAAAAUAAUGCUUUUAACCAGACUCCCCCCUUGAAAUGAAUUUCUUCCAUGUCUACAAAGCAAGAUUUUUGUACCUUUUAGGGAUACUUUUGAAUUUUUUAUUUGACUAGCACCACAGUUUUUUAAUAGAGUAGUAUCUCCUCCUCCCUCCCCCCACGCCUUGAGAACACUAUAACCAACUUAACAGGCCUGUCACUACGGGCUGAGAGGCAUAGAUUCCGACUGGUUACCCCUGGUUACUUAGAUCAUCCUAGAACUCUACCCUCUGAUUGGUUGAUAGCUAUGGUUUUGAAAGGUCCAGUAAAUAUUUGGGGGGGGGGGGGCUUAUUUCCUGUUUUGAAAAUGUUUUUGAACUGUAACUGCUUACUAGAUGCCUUUCAGAGUCAACUCAAUGUGCAGGAGAAAUCUUGCGUAACCAAGUUUAAAAGAUACAUUUAUUGUCUAAAACUGUGCACACUGCAACCAGGCAUCCUUUAGUGAAUUAAAAUGUCAGUAUCACCCACAAUUAAGUAAAAGCUAAGAUGUAAGCUUUCAGUCCCAAGACAAGCUGCUCAAUGCUUUUUGUCAUUAAAACUUUAUUAUUCAGACUCAGAACCUAAAAUGUGAGUGGUAAGAAAACUGACAGAUUGAUAAACAUUUUUCCCAAAUACUUUUGAAUAACUGUUGUUUUAAAUGUCUCACUUCAAUUUUUAUUCUAUUUUGUUUAACUCACAGACCUGUCAGCAGGGAAACAGCCCUCUAGCUCUACGGCCAAUAAGGGGGAGUUACCAGGUACUAUUUUAUCCAAUAAAGCAGAAAUGGUACCAGACGUACAGUAGAUUAAACACGCUUACUUUAAUAUGAAAAUGACUUUUAUCGUUUGUUAUAUUGUAAUACAAAAUGAACUUUAUUGUCGCAGUUGUUUAUAUUUAUUUCAGAAAUAAGUAGCAAAGAAGAAGUGUAAUGUGAUACUUUAAGCGCCAAAUUCUUUAGCCUGAAAUUCAUCCAAUUGCUUUGAGUCGUUUUCUCCUCUCAACUCGAGGUAAUCGGAUGAAAUUCAGGCUACAAAUUCUUUUUCUCGUUCAGUUUUUCUGUUAGAAUUUUGCUAAGGUAUUUUUAACCUGCGUUAAUCCUCGAGGCCAGUUAUACAAAAUAAGAAUUAUUUUUAGUGCUCAACCACAAACGUCACUAACAGCUUUGGAGAGGUAGCCCUCUAUUGGUGUCUCCUCCCUGAACCUCUCUUUGUGGGGUAACGCCCAUUUACAGGUGCUUUACUGAUGUAGUCUUCAAAUACAUUAUUUUACAUAUAAAUGUUACUCGGCCAAGGCUGCCCAUCCUUCCCUAUUCAAAAUUUGUAAUUGUGAUAAUUAAUGAUUCUUUAUUUAACUUACGGUGAAAUUACAUUUUUAACUUUUUUAUAACUGAAAUUUGUGCGACGUUAUAACUUUAUGAUAUAAGAGAAAUAAUAAGUGCGAGCUGGGGAAGCUAAGUAAACUGUUACGUUUUUUAGUUAACUCCCCAUCCAUAUUAAAGUCAGUGUGUAAGCAGGUGAAAAAGAAGAAAAUAGAAUAGAUAAAUGAAUUAAUAAAUUAAAUUAAUAAAGAGCAUUCUUUCUACGUUUGACCACAGUAUUUAUAUUCCUACACUAUAUUCUGGUGUUUUAGAGCCCUGAUAUCUACAUGCACUGUUACUUACAUUUCUGUUGAGGAUAAUUUGUUUUUAAAUAUGGAAAUUUUAUUUAUAUUUGGUGAUCUGAUCAGCUUAUAUAAAUGAGGGCCUAUAUUUUGUGCGUUAACUACCUCCCUUUAACUUUCCUCGCCUAUUAUAAUAUCAAGUUAUUAAAGAACAAUUCCUUAAAAAGAGGAACGUAAAAUUUUCCUCAACAGAUUCUCGUUGCCUCGAGGAGUGCCAGAAACAGCUGCGAUCAAUUUAUGGAACCAACAGCAAAGUCAAAAUCGUUCCGUGGGACCAAAGCUCUGCCGUUCAUAUUGACAAAGUUUACACCCAGUUGUCUUGGCUUAUGGAUGAGAAGGAUCCCAGCGGAGUAACGCAGAAGAACCUUCAACACUACACCGACAUUUUUGACGGCGGAAGACUUCAUCAAACGCCUAAGCGCAUUUUGGUCCACGGACGACCAGGUAUCGGCAAGACCGUUUUUACGCAGAAAGCUACAUUCGACUGGUCCCAGCACAGAUUUGAAGGAAAAAUAGGAAGAUUUGAUCUUGCACUUUUGGUCAAAUUACGCGAUGUUUGUAACCUCAAUGAUGUCCCUGCCAUUCUGAAGGAUGCUAAUCUUCUCGCGAGUGAUGGCGCAGUUUCCACUGACAACCUGUACGAUUACGUUCGUCGCCACCAAGAAAACGUGUUGCUUAUUUUGGACGGCUACGAUGAAUACGUACACAGCGCAGAAAGGCAAUCACCUGUACUUAAAAUCUGGGAGAAAAAGCAGUUGAGGGAUUGUUGUGUUAUUAUAACAUCUAGAGACAUGAAAGGAGAGGGAUUGAAAAGUUCCAGCGAUGCUCAAUUUGAGAUCGACGGUUUUGACCAUAAGCGACAAGAAGAGUUCGCCUGUAGAUUCUUGAAAGAUGAUCAAGAUGUGAAAGAAUUUUUUCGAUACUUAGAGCAACAAGACCUGGAAGAUGUAGCAAAAAUACCUAUUUUGCUUUUAAUGUUGUUGUUAGUUUGGAACGGAAAGGAUCGUGAAGGACUACCUUCAUCACGGGUGAUGGUGUACUUUCAGUUUCUACAGACUAUGUUUAGUCAUAUGUCUGAAAAACAUAGAAAGCCGGCGGAAAAAGUUGACGACCACAUUCAAGAACUCUGUAAAAUAGGAGAACUAGCCUUUGACGCACUUCUACAUGAUUUACUUUCUUUUCCUGUCAGUAAACUGCCGGAUCAUGGUUUGGCUGAGAAACUGAUCGAAGCCGGGUUGUUUCAGCUGCUAAACAUGUCCACUCUUAAACCGUGCAAAGCCGUGCACUUCAUUCACAAAUCCAUGCAGGAGUUUUUGGCUUCUUUAUUUCUAAAAGAAGAACUGUUAUCUCAAGAAAGUAAAAACAAUUCCCUAUUCAAAGUCGACUCAAUUGAAAAGAUCUUCAAGUUGAAUGAAGUUUUAAAAUUUGCUGCUGAAAUGUCAGAAGAAGCCGCGCGCGAGAUCUUGAUUCAUCUGUUGGAAAUGGCGGCGAAGGAAGACGGAGAGUACAGCUUCGACAACCAAGCACCGUCAGUCAAAGAUUUGUCUAAUGAACAAAAAAAUCUUCUAACUCUAUGUACACAGUUUUUCUUCUACUGCUCAGCAGACACGAGAACAGAACUUUUCCCCACUUUUCUUUCUAAUCUAGGAGGUGUUUUUUUAAUAAAUCCUGCCCAGCUGAAUAUUGCAGCAAAGGAAAAUUUUGUGAAAACUACCGCUUCACUUAUGUACAUAUUUUUCUCUGAUAGCGACCACUAUACAGAGCAAAGUUAUAAUAAUUUAAUUUGUUUAACACAGCAAUUAAACGCUGUUAUAGUUAGUAGAACAGGAGAACAAAAAGCAUCAGAAUUUUUGAAUGUAUUUCCAUGGCGUAGAGUCAAAGAGUUUUUUUUAAUGAAAGAAGAAAACAACACUCACCUUUAUUUUACUAAAAUUGUAAAAGAUACCCUCUUAAAAGUCAUUUCUUUUCCGUUUAAAAUGGUAAAGACGUUAGUUAGUUUAGAAGAGACAACAAAGAAGACAAACAUGAAUGGUGAUGAGUCAAGUGAAGAGAGCAGCAGCAGCAGCUGUUCAAAGCGUCAUGGUCUCUCCAGGGUUCGGAGGAUUGAAGCUCGGUGGGUGCACAGGUCAGAAGUGGAACAGCUGAUUGAGAUGAUGCCGUUUAUCACCGCUCCACACGAGAUAGAGGUUUGGGGUGAACUACACCGUGAAGUGUUUGAUGCUGAGGUAACAGAGUCUCUACUGAGGAGCAUCCCAACAACACACAAACUGGAGACAUUAAGACUCUGUAGUAUCAAUGUAACAUCAUCACCUGCUGUGGAGUUCAUCAGCAGAGUAUUUGAACAAGAUCUUCCAAACUUGAAGUGGCUCGACAUGUCAGACAAUCCUCUUCUGGGUGCAGGAGUCGACAGCUUGAUAGAACAUCUCAGCUGCGCUCCUCACCUGGAGAAACUGUACCUUUGGGGAGUGAAGAUGACUCCACAGCAGGUGAUGAAUCUCACAUUAGCUGUACAGCAGCACAGAAACAUCACUGAACUGCUGUCAUACUACCACGUAAGUUUUUCAAUUUUAUCGCAAUUUGUUUCUUUAUUCUUUGUUUACAGUUUAUUUCUACUCAGCUCUUGCCUUUCGCCAUUUUCCUUUCUUUGUCAUUUUUAUACUCGACAAAACACAAGAUUUGCUUUUGAAAUCAAAUCACAAACUUUAGCAGAUUCAAAGUAUCAUUUCAAAUUCAUUUCUUUCAACUGAUUAAACUAACUCCAUAAAAUGUUUUAACUGAGAACGUUAAGAACAAGUAACUUUAGCUGAUAUUAAAAAAGGAAUUGAAGACAAGAAGAGAAAUUUCGUAUCUUCAAGCAGCCAUAAGAUGAUAUUAUUGGGUGAUAACAAGAACUUCCAGCAAAACAAAAGCACAUAAUUUCCACAGUAUUAAUUUCUGAAUCAAUUUUAAUUCAUACCUUUUCAUAAAGAAACAAACAACAAUCAUAAAAGCAAAUGAAAGAUGUUCAGUUCAUGUUCAAUUCAAACAAAUGAGCAAAGAGUAAACACAUUGAACUCACAGUUUCAUAUUUAUCGUCCAAGGCUCCUAUAAAAUCAGUUUAAGUCAAGUGAAGUUCCUUUGAAAGUCCAGAAAACAAACAAGUCUUUUUUAUAGCUGUUCUUUUGUUAGUUCUUGAGCGUUUCUUUGGUAAAUACUGGUCCUUGCAGUUCGGUGAAGCGUUGGUUUUUGAAAUAACAACCCGCACAAAAAAAUUGUAUCUCCGAGACAACGGUUGAAAGCAACACCGAAAAAAAUUUUCGUUACAAGUAAACACUUCGCUGUUCUCCACUGUAUAGCACAAGUGUCCGUUGCAUGAUUUUCAUCGCGUAAAUAGCAUGAGCUGGUUUUCAAUUUUCCAAGAACACUCGCCAUACAAAUCAAAUCCUGCGGAACUUUGGGCUUUCGUGAAAUAUCCUAAUAAAUGAUGUUUCUUUGAGCUUCGAACAACUCCUUAGCAUAUUCCUGAGUAAAAAGAGAUGAAUCCCUGUCUUGUGUAACAUUUCCUUGAUGUUUUCUUAUUAACUUUUGAGUUCAUCCUGAACAGUUUGCCGUUGAAAAGCGAACUGAACAAACUACAAAAACAACAAACGAUGUCAUUCAAAGCCUAGUGACGUAACAGAAGCUGAUUGGUUAAGUCCACCUCGGAUGAUUUUCACGUGAUGACAUUUUCCCGCCUUUCGUUUCAUUACGUAACAGAUUCCCGCCAGCUAAAAAAUACACUGUGAUCUGUGAAUUUUGUAAGGCUGGAUAUAUUUUCAAAAGGAAAAGAAAAAGGAGUUGUUAAUUUUGAUCUUGAUUCUACUGUUUUGAAUGCGAAUUUCUUGUCCGUGCGCCUUGAUAAAGAUAAUGUUCUCUUUCCAAUCCCGCCGAGAGGGGAGAGGUACAAGGGGGUAAAUCUCCCUCCUCCCUAAAGUUGGUUUAAAAAUUGGCGACGGGUAACACUCGUUUCUUGAACUUAGUCGUAAAGGAAGUUUUGUGACCUUUAGCGCUUCGCCUCAACACCAACAUACCACACAAAGAUGGCGUAACCAUCGUGUGUCUAGUGCUGUUCUGGCCCCUCUCUCUCUAUGUCACGCAACGUCGGAGAGAGAGGGUCCUCCCCCACAUCCCUAAUCAUCACGGAAGAGAAGACAGAAUCUUCGGCAAGAAAAAUUUCUCUCAGCAAAUAACUGUAAAGACGCUUAAAAAUAGUUUGUCAGUUGUUGUUAACACAUUAACCUUGUGCUCGUAUUAUUUUUGACAAGGUACCAGGGUCGAAUCCUGCUCAGUACCCUUUCUUUUUUCCUUCUGUCUUUCUCUUUUUUGUUUCGGUUUCGUUUUUGUUUUGUUUGCCUAUUUCUUUUGUUGUUGAUGUUUGUUAAAUAUAUACCUUCUAGAGCAAAGAUAGUAUAUUUAUGGAUAAACAAUCUGAAUUUCUAUCGUUUCCUACAAUUUUCAUUCCUUUUUUAAUGCAAUAUAUUCUACAAAACUAAAACAGUAGCCACAUGCAGUCACAAACUACCUUUUAUUAUACAGGCCAAGUUUUGGCUGUUGAUCUUUGCUUUCAGCACGCGAGGCUUGUUUUCAACUUAGUACAUCUUGUCAAAGUUGUUGUCAUAAAAACAAUUGUCUUUCGUUGGUCACUGUAAUCGCAUUGUACUUUAAAUGAAGGUUUUCAAAUGUGUACACGUCCACACUUUAUUAAAGGGAAAUGGGUUGUUUUAAGUAUUGUUUUGUAUUUUGUUGAAGGAUGAUAAAGGAAACCCCAAACCUGAACAUGAAUGGCCAUCAGAGAACUACUGGAAAGGGCGGUACCCUCUCUUCUUUCGUAAUUUAUCACCUGAAUCAGCGUAUGAACAGGAGCAGGUUAGUCAUCACUCACCUAUUUUUGUGAAAGUUUAUUUAUUAAUAUUAGUGAGACUUUCAGUGUUUGUGUGAACAGUAGUUCUAUUUUUCUGUCCGUCGGAGAUAAUCAAAUACGCUCAGGAGCGUUCAUUUAUAAGUCGCCAUUACGGAGGAUUUCCGAGCUGGUGAUACUGAGUUAGUUUUUAAUACAGUUAAAACCCGCGUGUAAGAACCUAGUGGCUUAAUAACCUGCUGGCAGAAAUUUGCUUCUUUAAUACCAAACAAUGAUGAAAACCAGGCCAAAGGAGAUCAAGCAGGUUCUUAUAUGUAGGUUACAGUUAAAUAAUAAGCUUAUUCAUCAUCUAAAAAAGAGAUUGAACAGGAACAGGUUAGUCACAAGCUUCGUUUGUUUAAGUUUAUGCAUCAGUCAUUUGAAACUCCGGCCCCCCGGCCCCCGGGACUUAGCAGGGAAUUUAACAUUGGUUUAAUGGUAGAACACCGCCAAUGUUUUCCGCUCUUCGGGCGAAGUAGUUUGUUAAAAGCCCCGUAUAGCAGGGAAUUAGUAAAGUGUAGUUCUAGGCUCGAUUUCAAACGCUCUGUCCGAUCUGGUAUUCUGUAUUUUUUAAAAUUCAAACCAUUGGACCUGUUAAUAGAAACUCUCGAUUGGAUUCCUUCAAUGUAAUGGGAGAGGAAUCGGGAAACUUAGAAAGCGCUUUUGGGAUUAAUUUAUUGUCGUUUACGUACGAGGUGAACAAAUGAGACUCAAAUGAGAUUUGUGAAGUCCUUGUAAGGCAACGCUCGACCAAUGUGUAGGACGUUCUAUACACUUUCUUUCUGUGUCUGAGACUAGGGCAACCUGUUUUGUGCCUUCCUGCCCUGUUUCUCCUAUGUUUUAAUAUUAUCAUUCUCUGCGGCAUCAUCUCUCUUCUGCCGCCAUACAAAACUUUGGGAAACGAGGCUUUUCCUUUAGUCACUCAUGUUAAAACCUUGCUUCCGAAAAUUAGUAUUACUGUUUAAUCCCCGCUCAUGACAUGAGUAAAACAGGUAUUUGUUAAUUCCCCCGCCACCGGGGCGAACAUGUUAAAUGUGCGUUAAAUCCCGGCAUUGGCCGCGUUAAAUUCCCGCUAUCUCCCGCUAUGCCUUGAGGGUCGGGGGGCCGGGGUUGCAGUUGACUAAUGCAUUAUUUACUUUUUGUAGUUUUAUUUUUCUGUCCCUCAGAGAUAUAAUCAAACACGCUUUGGAGGCUUUGUUAAUUAGCGUCUUUAACUGAAGAUUUCCGAGUUGGUGGUAGCUAAUCUUGGCAGUUACGUUAAAAGGUUUUAAAUUGAGAACCCGUGCAUUAAGAAUAGUUUUAUUUUAUUGUUGCAGGCUAUUCUAAGGACCCUCUUGCUUUUACCUGAAUCGCCUGAUCUCAUUUCCGAUUUAUCAUCUGAAUCAGAGAUGAAACUGGUUCUGUUUGAUCGAAGUUUUUGUUUUCCUUGAACUAAAUUGAUUUCGGGUUCUGUUAAGAAUAAACUACAGAUAAAAAUUGGCUGUUGUUCCCUCAAAGGUCGCACUCAGUUGAUUUUAGGUUAAAAGUAGCCCGUUUCCCCACUAUCCGAAUGCUUGGAACAGGCUAGCCAAAAGUGACUUUUACCUCGGAAAAAAUAGAUAUUUCCCUUUUUUUAAAAGCUGCUUAGGGAAGAUAUCAUUGACAUUUUGCGCCAAGUAGACCUAUUGACUUUUGCAAAAAAAUAAAAUUGUUUAACAGUUGGUAGAUCGACAAAGAAAUUAGACACCUUAUCUAUGAUUUAGAUAGGCAGUUCGUUUUGUCCUCGUAAACUCAUUUAAAGUGAUCGAUAACUCUCCGUCUGGUUCGGAUGGGUAGAGUGUUUUGCAGCAAGUCCAGUCACAACAUAAGGUUUCGCACCUUAGUUGUAAUUAGCUCACCCCAAGGCAUUCACUUUACAAUCAUACAAGAUUUGUGGCAGAUGCUAUCUCUAAAAUGCCUUACAACGACAGGCGGAAAUCACGAAACAUAAAAAAUGAUUGUUCAUGUGUUCAAUCACGUGACGGCACACAGGAAUUUAACUUGAAAAAGUUGGCCCAAUUUUUUCAAGUUGCAAUCCGUUUCCAUCCUGGCCUUCAAAAGACAAAGUCUUGCACUUGUAGUCGAGGUAUAGUAGUAUGUAACGUCAUUUUAAAUAGAACUGAACUAUUAUUUCGGGGUUUUCUUUCAUUCUAAUGUGUGUUCGUUUUAAAAUAAGUGCGCUAUUGGGGGUUAGAGUCACAUAUAGAAGAUGGAUGGUGUUUAGUAUAAAUGUAUGAUUUUUGCCAGAACGAGGGAGAAGUCAUUGAAUCUGAAGAUGAAACGUCAUCAUAUGAAUCAGAGGAGGAUCAAGAACAGGUUGGUUGCCGAUAUUUUUUUAUAAAGGUUUUGUUUGAGCCGGGACUGUGCAAUAAUUAUCAGGAGAAGGAGGUUGUUAGAAGGAAGGGGCGUUGUCCAUUGCUUAUUCGCCAUUUACACCAACUAAACAUGUUUAAUUAAACUAAAUUUUGAAACUGAAUUAAAAAUAGCAAAAGUAAACUGGAACACAGGCUUUUACACCAUAUUCAAAUGAACUUUUACGCGUUCCUUAAUUGCACUAAAUUUGCAAUCGAAAAAAGUACAGUAGGCAGCCUUUAUAAAGAAAACAAAGUUAAACCGUGUUUAACUAAACACCUUUUAAACAUGUUUAAGCUUUAGUGUGAAUGGGGCAUUAGUCUAGCUCAAGCUAAGUGCAAGUCAAAGUAAAAUAAGUUGUAUAAUACUGUACAACUAUGGGCCUGGUUAAAAUUGUAAAUAGCGCGCAUUAUAUACUUAGUAAACAACAAGACAGUAUUAAAAUCCUCGCGAAUUUGCCUACUACAAGAGUAAAAUAAGUUGCAUAAUACUGUACAACUAUGGGCGUGGUUAAAAUUGUAAAUAGCGUGCGUUAUUAUACUUAGCAAACAACAGGACAGUAUUGAAAUCCACGCGAAGUUGUAUCCUUAAUAUCAUAUCGGAUAACUGUCGAUGUCUGAAGCGGGUAUAUGUCAUGGUAAGUUCCACUUUUUUUUAGUCAAAGCUGAGUUGAAAUUUUAAUCGAGUUUCCUCAAUCACUUUUUUCCGACUUGGAACUCUAUAAGACAUUCUAUUAAAUGGAAGAGUAAUUAUGAUCGGUUUUUGGACAUAUUUUGAUAACAAAAGGAUGUUCCGCUACCUCAACCGAUACAAGGAGGGAAGCGUUUUAAAUAACCAUUUGCAGAUGUCAUUACAAAGGCAGCACUUUCUUCUCAGUGAUUUAUAAAGACCCUGACUAUUGGUCCGGCCGGGGUUCGAACCCGCGGCCUCCUGCUUAGCAGACCGGCGCUCUCCCAACUGAGCCAACCAGGCCUUGGCUAAGAUAGAGCAGCCUUACCAGCAAGCUUUAGGAAACUUUUACGUAGGGUAAAAAAGAAAAUAACUUACAUAGGCAAAGACUGACUUAAAAAAACUAGCGAAUAACUGAGGCAAUGACUAGUAAACUUUGCCAAACCGGAAGAAAUCUGAGCGUAAUAACCAAUCAUCCAAGAUUUCUCUAAAAUGUCUAACAACGGCAGGCGGAAAUCACGAAACAAAAAAAAUGUCCAAUCAAGUGACGGCACACAGGAAUUAAAUUUGAAAAAUUUGGCCCAUUUUUUUUUCAAGUUGCAAUCCGUUUCCAUCCUGGCCAUCGAAAGCCAAAGACACACACACUUAUAGUCGAGGUUUAAUAGUACGUAAAGUCAUUUUAAAUAGAACUGAAGCAUUAUUUCAGGGUUUUCUUUCCGUCCAAUGUGUCUUCGUGUUAAAAUUUUACGCUAGUGGGGUUACAGUCACAUAUAGAAGAUGGAUGGUGUUUAGUAUCAUAAAAUGUAUGAUUUUUGUCAGAACGAGGGAGAAGUCAUUGAAUCUGAAGAUGGAACGGCAUCAUAUGAAUCGGAGGAGGAUCAAGAACAGGUGGGUUGCUGAUAUUUUUGAUAAAAAUUUUGUUUAAGGGACUGUGCAAUAGUUAUCAGGAGGAGGAGGUUAGGUCGUAAAAAGGAAGGGGCGUUGUCCAUUGCUUAUUCUCUAUUCACAACAACUAAACAUGUUUAACUAAACUAGGUUUUGAAACUGAAUGAAAAACAGCAAAAGUAAACUAGAACACUGGCUUUUAAACCGUGUUUAGGUAAACAGGAUAGAUACCAUCUCUAAAAUGUCUAAAAGGGCAGGCGGAAAUCACGAAACGUAAAAAUGAUUGUUCAUGUAAUUUGUAACGACGUGACGGCACACAGGAGUUAAACUUGAAAAAGAUGGCUCAGUUUUUUUCAAGUUGCAAUCCAUUUUUAUCCUGGCCGGCAUUGAAAGCCAAAGACACAGACAAUUAUAGUCGAGGUAUAGUAAUACGUAAAGUCGUUUUAAGUAAUGGUCCAGAUAAGAAGGAAAGGACCAAAACGCAGUGAACACGUUGGAAUGCAAAAAGGUGCUAACUUUACUAUUGUCUCUACUAAGGUUCUGAUUGGUUUAAACAUCAAAUUUUACGAAAUCUUCGCAAAGCAGCAUGUACAUUAAUCCCUUUUUUUCUAUCCAACUUCCUUAUAACAAAAUUUCGUCUGAGUCUAAGUAACACAGAAAUCGUAUGUGCGGAUCAUGUAAAAUUGUGAACAUUUCUUGGCCAUUGUUUGCAACUCUUGUGAUUGGUCGAAAUGUUUUAACACAAAAAUACAGCCUUUAAAAGUGGAGUUUAAAUACAUUUUCUUUCGUAAACAGCCUUUUUGUAGAUUUAUGCACUCUCUGCGUAAAAAUGAAAACAUUUCUAUGUGAGGAAAGCGUAUUGCGCCACAACAAAAGAAAUUGCUUCCCUUCUUACCUGGAUCAUUACUUAAAUAGAACUGAAGUAUUAUUUCAGGCUUUUCUUUCCUUCCAAUGUGUGUUUUCCCUGCCAGCAGAGGUCUCUUUUCCCUGGUAUUCAGCAGGCGGGGGGGAAAGAGUCCUCUGCUAGUAGGGAAAUGUGUAUUUAGGGUUCUAAAAUAAUUCCAAACUAUCGUGACAUUGCAUGCCUUUUAAUGGCGGUACAAAGAUGAUGAACCUUUCGUUUUUUCACUUUAUAGGAGAUGGGAAACCAGACCGCCGAGUCCCAAGUCUUGUCCACUGAUGAGGUAAAGCUUUCCUACGACGUUGUUUUUAAACAGCGUUUAAGACAGAUCCUCGCUGAAAACAGAAUUUGUUAAUUGGGCUUCUACUUGCGCGAGGCUUUACGGCAUCUCCGUUUGUUAAUUGAUGUUGAUGACUUUCUGACGUGUUUUUUACUUACCAUUAGAAACUAAAUGUGAGGUGUCGUUUUCUGAUUUGUGACAGGACUUGCGAGGGAAAGCCUUCGUGGAAAAUUGUUGUAAAAGAUAGAUAAUUAAGCCUCAACCCUUGUCUUGAAAUUUAAUUUCGAAGUUUUGUGCCUUUGAAUGUCGUUUCAUGAUUUAUUUUGAGGUAGAACGAGAAAGGGAACCUCAAACUUGAAGAUGUAGGAUCGUCCGCUGGAUCCGACGACCCUCAAGAAAAGUUGAGACAUCAUAUUUUGUAGAAAUAAAAAAAAGAUCUAUUCUUUGAAGCAUUUCACCACUAUAAUGUUAAAAAGAUUUUAAAAAAUUAUACGAAAUGGAUGGUAAAUAGUUUGACUGUGUGGUUUGUGGCAGGAAGAGGAAGGAAUCGCCGAAUCUGAAGACGAAACGUCAUUACCAACAGAGGAAAAUCAGCAGCAGGUGAGAUAAAAGAUUUGUUUAAGAGAAAAUGGGACGUUUCCAGUAAAAGGAUUUUACAGUGGGACCUCUGGAAAUGCUGGGUUUUUUAAAUUAACUUAUUAACUAUACCUCGAUAUAACGAAGAUUUCAGUAGUUUUCCAUAAAAUUCGUUAAAUGGAGGUGUUCGAUAUAAAACGAACCCUCGAUAUAAGGAAAAAAUUUUUUCCAGUCCCUUGGCACUUCGUUAAAUCGAGGUUCCACUGUGCUAUAAAACUAAUGACUUUUUGGCUGUUUCAAGGCUAGCCUGAGAAAACAGCCGACAUUUGGCGACGCUACCACUGGUUUCCCCGCCAAAUGACGUCUGAGAAACCAGCGUAGAAAUUCCAUACUGAUGACGCGUCACUACCCAGAUCUGGGUAGUGACGCGUCAUCAGUAUGGAAUUUCUGCGCUCGUUUCUCAGACGUUGUUUGGCGGGGAAACCAGUGGUAGCGUCGCCAAAUGUCGGCUGUUUUCUCAGGCUAUUUCAAGGCCAUUCUCAAGUUACAGUCAAGCCAGGUCAAGCGUGCCGCCAUAGAUAUCAUUAAAUGAAUCGAUUAUUUGAAAAAUGAAUCCGUUAGUCGUUGUUGGAACCAGUAUCAAAUUCAACUCUCGAUUCCUGCAUGCGUAGUGAGCAAAUAAUUUCUACGAUUACUUCUCUGUAUUCGGUCAGAUUGAAAAGUCUUUGAGUGGAUAAAAUUGCUCUGAAGGCAUUUACAUUAAAAAACUGAGCUGGUAGAAAUUUUGUAGUAAAGGUACGCGGUGUCAGAAUCAUUUUCUGCGAAGUAUUUAGGCCGUCGAAACUGAUUAAAACUCUUAAGAGAUUAUAGGAAGACCCGCUCCACAAAGACUAGUCACUUUCCCAACCAAAAUAUUUUCCCAGUGACAAAAUAUUUACCAGUUUUCGAUGCGAAAAUGCCCCUAACAAAACAAGCAAAAAAUGAGGAGAUGGUUGUAUUGUCGUCCACCUGCUCAUACAAACAUCUGAUUUCUUCCCCCUGUAUGAUGUUAAAAUCGCGCAGGAAAGUCCAGGUUUUGAUGUGUUCUCCGGUUUGCCGUCAAACGCGAUAAUUACUUUAAUUUGAGAAUCGUUCAAGACAAUGUUUUACUCUUUACCAAAAUAUCUUAACGAACUCGGUGCGUUUUCUCGAAUAAGCACUACUCUUUCAAUCAGUGAAGCGGUUUAUGUCGUUUAUAUCCCAAGCAGCGAUUAUUCGGAAAAUGUUACAGCAAAAAGGUGUAGGGUCUCAAUUUCAGCAGCACGCGCGAAUUAUCGGAGAUUGAAUUCACUUAGCCGUGUUUAACUCCACGCAGAUUUAGAUAUUUGAUUUACUAUUACUUGAAGUGCAUAAUCUUGGCCGAGCGCUUGAACGAUUUUUUUUUUUUGAUUUAGCGAAUUUAAUGCACUUCUAAAUGUAACGCGGCUUUUUAAUUCUGUCUUGUCCCUAACCUUUCACUGAGUCACGGAUUCGGUGAAAUUCAAACAAUGGUAUGAAGUGUGGAAUGAGCGUAAACGUUUUUUAAUUUCAGGAUGACGAAGAGUACACCAGACCUUCAGGGGAAGGCCGUCAGAAUCCCACAGGAGAAGAGAGACUGUCCCGUGCAUCAUCUUCUAAAACUGCGCGCAAAACAGCAUCUCGAACUUGCGUCAUCAUUUAA